CUUGGGGUGAGAAAGAAAGUGAGCAGCAGUGAAACCUUCGUAUUCAUUGGAGCAGUACAGUAAGUGACUAGCUACUGUCAUUUGAUAGCUUGCGCCUUCUGGAGUGAACUGAAGACGUUUGGAUUGAAUUUGCCCAGUCGCUGUAGUUUCAGGCUCUGCCUAUCCCCAGCCACUCUAGAAGGGAGUGUCCCACACCAGCAGAGGAGAGAAAAGAACAGAAAAGAGAGCAGGACGGAGGGGGGAGGGAAAGAAGAGAACAGAUGAGUGAGGGAGAAAGAACACAGAAGAGGGAGAGAUUGGAGGAGAGAGAUGAGGACAUAUGGGAGAGAUGAGGAGGAGAGAGGGAGGAAGAGCAGGUUACCUGCCCCUAGGCGUGCCACUUGGACCCAGAGGAACACAGACAGACACCCCGGUCUGCAGUUGGUGUAGCAGAGAGAGAACAUGGCGUUGUCGUUUAAGAAAGACCUGGAGAAGUACAAGGAGAUUGACGAGGAUGAGCUCCUUAACAACCUAUCAGAACAGGAACUCAAACAGCUGGAGACUGCUCUGGAGGAGAUGGACCCAGAGAAUGCAUUGCUGCCAGCGUCGAUGCGUCAGAAGGACCACACAGUGAAAGCAGCCACCGGCCCCUACAGCAGAGAGAAACUGCUCAGUUUUCUGGAGAAGGAGGCCCUGGAGUAUAAAGACAGAGAUGAUGUCGUGUCUUUCUCUGGAGAGAGGAAAGGCAAGGCAUUUGUUCCCAAGCAGCGGCCCAUCGAGUCUCGUCAGGAAGAGGUAACGACCCUUGACCCGGAACUAGAAGAGGCCCUGUCCAGCGCUACCGACACUGAGCUCUGUGACCUGGCAGCGAUCCUAGGUGUCCAUACCCUGGUGACCAGCACCCAGAGUUACGAUGGAACCAGCAGUAAAGACGGAGGAUACAACAACGUGGUGAUGGGGGAGAAGAUGAACCCAGUGUUUGAUGAGCCUCCUAACCCCACUAACGUAGACGACACUCUGCAGAGGAUAAAAAACAACGACGCUGCGCUCACGGAGGUUAACCUCAACAACAUCAAGAACAUUCCUAUUCCCACGCUGAAGGAGUUUGCCAAGGCCAUGGAGAGGAACACACACGUCAAGAAGUUCAGCCUCGCCGCCACACGGAGCAACGACCCCAUCGCUGUGGCGAUGAGUGAGAUGCUGAAGGAGAACAAGUCGUUGCGGAGUCUCAACCUCGAGUCUAACUUCAUCACCAGCGCUGGUGCUGCCGCCCUGGUGGACGCUCUCCGAGACAACGACACACUGACUGAGAUCAAGAUAGACAACCAGAGGCAGCAGCUGGGGACUUCAGUAGAGAUGGAGAUGGCUAAGAUGCUGGAGGACAACAACAGCAUAGUGAAGUUUGGCUAUCACUUCUGUCAGCAAGGCCCACGGGCUAGAGCUGCUGCUGCUAUCACCAAGAACAAUGACCUGAUCCGCAAGAGGCGAGUGGAGGGGGACCAGUAAGGGGCGGAGCCUGUCAUGUCUCCCAGCCUGUCCCGUCGUCUCAUCUCGCCAUAUGGAAUACAUUUUCAGCCAAUACCCUGGUCUCAUCUCACCGUGGCGUGCGUGUGGACGUUAAGUCUUGUGCCAAAACCCGGAGCAAGGCGCCCUCAACCAGACAGGGACUGAGUCCCAAAUGGCACCGAGUCCCAAAUGGCACCCUUGUUCCCUAUGUAGUGUACUACUUUUGAUCAGAGCCCUAGGGGCUGUGAUCGUGCACUAUAGAGAAUAGGGUUCCAUUUGACACCCAGCUAACAUCAUCUAUCUGAGAAGAAGAGAAAUAACUGGAAUAGCCCUCUCCUCUAGUACUUACAUAUCUAUACACACAUGUUGUUGUUGUUAUUAUUAUUAUUGUUUAUUAUACUAUUGUUAGCACUACAGCUGGACAUCUUAUUGUUUAGUUUUUCUUCAGUUAAUUUCAGGCGCUUUCUUUUUUCUUUUCUCUGAAUGAUUUAUUUUCUGUUUUUUUUCCCUGUGUUUAGAGCAACAUGAACAGUACUGUAAUCUAACCAAGUAACCAUGGUCUUAAACAUACUACCCUAACCUCUGACCCCUAACCCCUACAGUGGUAUAGGGCCCUGACCUCCAACCCCUACAGUGGUAUAGGGCCCUGACCUCCAACCCCUACAGUGGUAUAGGGCCCUGACCUCCAACCCCUACAGUGGUAUAGGGCCCUGACCCCUAACCCCUACAGUGGUAUAGGGCCCUGACCUCCAACCCCUACAGUGGUAUAGGGCCCUGACCCCUAACCCCUACAGUGGUAUAGGGCCCUGACCUCCAACCCCUACAGUGGUAUAGGGCCCUGACCUCCAACCCCUACAGUGGUAUAGGGCCCUGACCUACAACCCCUACAGUGGUAUAGGGCCCUGACCUCCAACCCCUACAGUGGUAUAGGGCCCUGACCUCCAACCCCUACAGUGGUACGGGGCCCUGACCCCUAACCCCUACAGUGGUACGGGGCCCUGACCCCUAACCCCUACAGUGGUAUAGGGCCCUGACCUCCAACCCCUACAGUGGUAUAGGGCCCUGACCCCUAACCCCUACAGUGGUAUAGGGCCCUGACCUCCAACCCCUACAGUGGUAUAGGGCCCUGACCUCCAACCCCUACAGUGGUAUAGGGCCCUGACCCCUAACCCCUACAGUGGUAUAGGGCCCUGACCCCUAACCCCUACAGUGGUAUAGGGCCCUGACCUCCAACCCCUACAGUGGUAUAGGGCCCUGACCUCCAACCCCUACAGUGGUAUAGGGCCCUGACCUCCAACCCCUACAGUGGUAUAGGGCCCUGACCCCUAACCCCUACAGUGGUAUAGGGCCCUGACCUCCAACCCUUACAGUGGUACGGGGCCCUGACCUCCAACCCCUACAGUGGUACGGGGCCCUGACCUCCAACCCCUACAGUGGUAUAGGGCCCUGACCUCCAACCCCUACAGUGGUACGGGGCCCUGACCUCCAACCCCUACAGUGGUACGGGGCCCUGACCCCUAACCCCUACAGUGGUACGGGGCCCUGACCCCUAACCCCUACAGUGGUAUAGGGCCCUGACCUCCAACCCCUACAGUGGUACGGGGCAGGCCUCCCUAGCUAGACUGCUGUAUCUCUUGGUUCUGAAAGCUCUUGGUUCUGUGCUUCCUAGACAGGGGGAAGAGAGAGUCAGGACCCACUGGUCACCUCUAACAGACUGGUUCAUCUGGUAGGGCUGUCUGUUUAGCCUCCUGGGGUGGAUGUGGUGGGUUUGUGCAGCUGUAGGGUACUCUGAGGAGUGGAUGAGAACAGCUGCCUCUCUGAAAAAGUCUCAAGCCCUGAAGAACAUUUAUAGAUGUUUUAAUACUGUCGUAAAGAAUUUAAAGUCUUAAAGAAUUAAAAAAGUCUUACAAUUGAUAAUACGGUGGUUCUCUUUCAAUCUCAACUGUUUUUUUGUUUUUUUUAUCGAUUCAGACUUACUAAGAUUUAAUGGGUUUAUUUUAUGUCCCUCUUUAUGUCACUGGGAAACAUAUGUGGAUGUUAUUUAACCAAGUAAAUAUGAUGAGGUUUUUAAUCCAUGAUGAUGAAGCAUUGACUUGAUCUCCUGCUGUCCUGUUAUUGGUCUGGCGUGAACGUCAGCUCAACCAAUGGGCUUCUCCAAUACUGAACCAUGCCAAAGACUAAUACAUACUGGACUUGUGAGGAGAUGCAACUCCAUGUCACUAUAUUCUCUUUAGAUUACACAUAUCCUGUCAGAGAGUAGGUUAGAUUAGACAGAAAACAACUGGGUUCAUUACACUUACUUUUUAAAUUUGAUGUGCACUGUGUUCCUUCUCUCUGCUGGGCUGUUGUUGCUGAUGGUGAUGGCCGUCUGUGGAGCAGUGUCCGUGUGAAGGAAUGCCAUGGCAAUGAGAGAGAGGCAGGAGAGAGCUACACACCACACACUGAGUGGUCUGGAACAGGCUCCUAGCCCUGGCAUGCUACUCACUAUGGAAGAAAACAUGCUGUGUUAAACUCAGCUGGAUUCUCCUGAGAACACUAGCCUGCUGUAAAACAGACAAAAUACAGCCUGAUGUUGACACUCACCAUUUAUAGAGAAUUACAAACUGGGUGGUUCAAGCCCUGAAUGCUGAUUGGCUGACAGCUGUGGUAUAUCAGACCGUAUGACAAAACAUUUCAUUUUUACUGCUCUAAUUAUGUUGGUAACCAGUUUCUAAUAGCAAUAAGCCACCUUGGGGGUUUGUGAUAUAUGGCCAAUAUACCACGGCUAAGGGCUGUGUCCAGGCACUCCACGCUGCGUCGUGCCUAAGAACAACCCUUAGCCGUGGUAUGUUGACCCUAUACCACACCCCCCCGGGCCUUAUUGCUUAAUUACAGGCUGGCCUCCUGGACUCACAUGAAUCCUACUGGACCAAAACGGCUGAAUCUGUGUCCAGGAAACUGGUCCUAUGUGGUGUUAAUGUGGUAAUCUGGAGUAGGAAGUCAUCAUGUUGAGAUCAUGUGGUUUGUCUGGACCAAUAGUAUGGUCAUGUUUCAUUUCCUAAUCAUAUCUGGUGAACCAGCCAGUCAGCCAGCCUUGAUUCUGUGGGUGGGAUAGAGCGAUGUGAUUGGUUGACUAAGGUUAUUUGGAGUGAUGCUGUCUGCUAUACUAUAAUGUCUGAAUCCCAAAUGGUUCCCUGUUCCUUAUAUGGUGUACUUCCUGUUGACCAGGGCCCAUAGGGUUUAACCCAGGCUAUAGUAUCCUGGCUCUGCUCUGUCCAUACUCUGAUCUUAAUCAUGUAUAUUGUUAUAGUUGACCAUCUCAAAAUGUUUACCCUCACACACAUUCCACACCGUCUCUCACACACACACACCUGUGUGUAUCAAGUAAAUGUAAAGUCACUGAUGCGGAGGGAUUUAUUUUGUUGUAUGGUGAAGCUCCAUGUCUGGACUAAAGAGUAGAGGAAGUAGGAAGCUGGACUGUUAAUAUUAACCACCAAGCCUGGUAAAAAGGCCAUGUCAACUAUAAUACGUCCUCAACCAAUAAAUGUUUUUACAUA